AUGUUGCACAAAAUGAUCUUUCAUCCUGCGCCGAAGAAGGUCGAAGCCCCUGUCAUUUCCAUUCAGCCAGAAACGGCUAAGAAGGUUGAGGAAAGGCCAAAGGAUCUUUUUCAAUUGGACACUGAGAUGGCUGAUAGUCCUCGAGUGCCAUCAGUCGCUGAAUGUGCUGCCCAUCUCAAGCUUUUGAACGCGUUUAUUGUGCUGAAGGCAAGCUUUGAGGCAUGGGGCCAAGAAGCUGGUGUUCCCUCUGAAAGCUGCUGGCAGCAGUAUAUGGCUCUAGCCACGGCUCGAUUUUCGACCUGGUUGCGUUAUGUACGAGAGUCGGGCGAGAUAUCGCAGGUACCAUCUCUUGAUAUCCUCUUGGUUUGGCAUGCUUUCAUGCUGAACCCGGCGGAUUAUUUCAAAACCUGCGGCCCUGUGAUUGGGGAGACACGCGAGACGAUUCGGGUGGCAGGUAUCCCUUGGGAGGCUUUGCGCUCCUGUAUUGACCCUGUUUCUGGGAAAUUCAAUCUUUCUGCAUCCCAGGAGGAGAUACUGAAUAGCUUGAACCUCCAUGUCGAUCCAUUGAAGUUCCUGGAGGAGGAAAAUAAGGCGGACGCGGCGAAGAGCCAUUUCAUGGCCAUCAUGAAAAAACCUGAUGUACAGGCGGAGAAGCCCGAGCACGCGGGCGCAGACACUGAGAAAGUUGUCGUCGACGUCAAGCAAAACUUGCUCUUGGGAGCCUACGACCUUAUGGCGGAAGCGAACUUCACCUUCAAAAGCAUCGAAUUCGACCCCAUCGCGGCCGUCACUCGCCAGCUCGGGUUUACCGAAAAGAUGGCCCACUUUGGCUGGCUCCAUAGCCCGACCCUGGAUUCGACUCUUCGCUUCGCCGACACAGCGGGCGCGGCCCCAACCAUGGACAUCGACCCGGUCUGGCACACGCACCAGGUCUCCCCGAGCCGCUACCUGGCAUACUGCAAAGAGACCCACGGCCCCCUCAUCAACCACGACGACCGUGCCGAAACUCCCAAGCUCGAGGAAGGAUUCGAAAAGGCGCAAGAAGCGUACAAGUCCGCGACCGGCGCCGCAUACCUCGAAUGCAAUAGCUGGUACUGCGAACAUGACCGGGCCGGCGGCAAGAAAGGCCUGCUCGCCAAAGACCAGUCCUUGCUCGAUCAUCUGAUCGACGCGGAGAACCAGCGGCGCCGCAACGCGAACGUGCCGGUGCUUCUGGACUUCGCGCAGUGCUGCUGCCACUGUUCGCACCCGGCGCAGGUCGAUGCAGAGAGUGCGGAACGGAGCAAGGCGUCCUCUAGCCAGACACCGCUGGACUGGCCGCGCUGUCGGCGUUAUCGUAGCGUUGAGGAGGGUGUCGGAAAAUGCCAUCGUCGUUGUGGCACCUUUGAGGAAGGCGUGGGGGCAUGCAAGCGGGUCGGUUGCCCCAAAUUCUAUGAGAAGGAUGUGGGGAAAUGCCAUGCUCGUUGUCGCGCCUCUGAGGGCGGUAUGGGGAGAUCUGGGGGAUCUACUGCGAUUCGCCGUGAGACAUGCAAGUUGGGUCCUGCUGAGGGAAUAAAGUCCUCGGCGGUGAUUCGCUGCAAGGCCUGGAGAAUGAGUACUGCUGAGGGAAGCAAGUCCCGAGCAGCGAAUCGCUCGGAUGUUAACUGA